GCCAGCCUCUGCUAGUGCGUCGUCAGUGCGCAGGCGCGCCAGCAGCUAGACUGCUGCUCUUCCUUCUCCCUCAAGACGUAAGGCGUAGGGUCCUAUGUCGCGCCGGGCCCUCCGGAGAUUGAGGGGGGAACAGCGUGGCCAGGAGCCCCUCGGGCCCAGCGCCCUGCAGUUUGUCCUCCGUGAUGACGAUGACGCGGAAGAAGAAGGACCAAAGCGGGGCCCGGGGGUCCGGCUCCCCGGAGGGACAGGGAAGGAGGGCGUCCAAGUCAACAACCGGUUCGAGCUGAUAAACAUUGAGGACCUUGAGGAUGACUCAGUGGUGAAUGGGGAGCGAUCUGACUGCGCACUCACACAUACUGUGGCUUCGGGGAACAAAGCCCGGGCCCCACAUGGAGGCCCAGAUACCAAGCGAGAUGGGGAUGUGAUCAAGGGAGUGUCCCCAGAGCAGUCUAAUGUAAGUGGCAAACUCCGAAAGAAGAAAAAGAAGCAAAGAAACAAAAAAAACAGCACAGCAGAGACCUCGGUGGUUCUGGGCUUUCAGGAGAAUGGCCUGGAAGACAUUGACCGAAUCCUGGAGAGGAUCGAGGAUGGUAGUGGGCUCAGCCGCCCCGGCCCCGCUCCACCCAGCUCUAGGAAGCACGUCUUACAUGUAGAGCACAGACACUUGAAUCCAGACACCGAACUGAAGAGGUAUUUUGGUGCUCGAGCAGUCCUAGGGGAACAGAGGCCACGGCAGAGACAGCGUGUCUACCCCAAGUGUACAUGGCUGACAACCCCUAAGAGUACCUGGCCCCGGUACAGCAAACCAGGUCUGUCGAUGCGACUGCUGGAAUCGAAAAAAGGUCUCUCCUUCUUUGCCUUUGAGCACAGUGAGGAUUACCAGCAGGCACAGCAUAAGUUCCUGGUAGCUGUGGAGUCUAUGGAGCCCAACAACAUUGUGGUCCUGCUCCAGACAAGCCCCUACCAUGUAGACUCACUCCUGCAGCUCAGUGAUGCCUGCCGCUUUCAGGAUGACCAGGAGAUGGCACGAGACCUGACAGAGAGAGCGCUGUACAGCAUGGAGUGUGCAUUCCAUCCUUUGUUCAGCCUCACUAGUGGGACAUGUCGGCUGGAUUACCGCAGGCCUGAAAACAGGAGCUUCUACCUGGCCCUCUACAAACAGAUGAGCUUCCUGGAGAAACGAGGCUGUCCACGCACUGCACUGGAGUACUGCAAACUCAUCCUCAGCCUGGAACCAGAUGAGGACCCCCUCUGCAUGCUGCUGCUUAUUGACCACCUGGCCUUGCGGGCCCGGAACUACGAGUACUUGAUCCGCCUCUUCCAGGAGUGGGAGGCGCAUCGGAACCUGUCCCAGCUCCCAAAUUUUGCCUUCUCUGUGUCAUUAGCAUAUUUUUUGCUGAGUCAACAGACAGACCUCCCCCAGCAGGAGCUUAGCUCCACAAGGGAAAAGGCCUCCACCCUCAUCCAGCAGGCUCUCAUCAUGUUCCCUGGAGUUCUCAUGCCCUUGCUGGAGUACUGCAGUGUGAGGCCUGAUGCUGCUGUCUCAGGUCACCGAUUCUUUGGCCCUGAUGCUGAAAUAAGCCAGCCACCUGCUCUGAGCCAGCUGGUGAGCCUGUACCUUGGGAGAUCGCACUUUCUGUGGAAAGAACCUGCCACCAUAAACUGGCUGGAGGAGAACGUCCGUGUGGUUCUGCAGGCCGUGGACGCAGGAGACCCUGCUGUGGAGGCCUGUGAGGGCAGGCGGAAGAUGCUAUACCAGCGUGCACCCAGGAACAUCCACCGCCAUGUGAUCCUUUCUGAGAUCAAAGAGGCUGUGGCUGCGUUGCCCCCGGAGGUGACCACGCAGUCUGUGAUGGGGUUUGACCCUCUGCCUCCCCUGGACACCAUCUACUCCUACAUUCGACCCGAGAGGUACCUGCCCCUGCUUUGCCCCGCGCUUGUGCAGACCCAGAAGGCUAAGUCCCGUCAGCCAUGGAAACACAGUUGCCCUCUUCUUCCGGUCAUUAUUGCCAAACUACGCUAUGGAGGGGGAAAGGCCAGAGGAAGGAGUGGCUGGGGGUCUGAACCAGGGCUUGAACCGGCUUAUGCUGGCUGUGCGUGACAUGAUGGCCAACUUCCACUUCAACGACAUGGAGAUGCCACGCGAGGAAAACCCCGAGGGAGAAGGCGACUGGGACUGACACUGUACAAUUAUGUUCCUGAUUUCUGUUCUGUUUGGGGGCGAACAGUUCCCUGAAGUAGAGAUACUGAAUGUACGGUUGCCCCACGUCUUCUGUUUCCCUAUAAAUGUCAGUGGUUAUGCCCUCC